AUGCAACAAAUGCGGACGGCAACACAGCUCGGGUCAGAGAAGACACCACCGCACAGGGUAGAAGCGAGAGGAGAUUCUCCCAGCGAGAGGGCAGGAAUAGUGACGAGCGUCCAGGCUCUGGAAAUGCAGACGCAAUGCGAUGCUACACUGCUGAGCGGUAACAACAGGCAGCGGGUGUGGGCGGUGUACCUCAGUAUCGCAAACAUUGCUCUGCGGUUACGCUGGCGCAACGCGGGCCGGAUAUUGAUUGCUCUCUUGCCUGACCCUGACAGGUCAAUGACACCCAGCCAAAAAGUGGCAUUGUUCCAAGCUGCUAUGGCGGUUGUUCUCGAAGACCUUAUCAAAGCAUCACACAGUCGGUAUGUCUCUAUCUACCCUGCUGCACGGCUGGCUGGCAUGGAAGUGCCCUCGACCGACCGGUAUUGGGCAUCUGGGGCUAAUCAUACCGCAUCGGAGCAUGCCGGCAUGAUUAUGCUGGCCCCUCUCCUUGUUGAAGGCGAGAUGACUCGUGUGCAACACCUCGCGCUACUGCGGUUCAUGGAGUGGCACGACACGCACAUCCGUGCAACCAGUCACACGGACGUUUCAUUGGCCGUUAUGGCAGAGGAUACUCGGCUCAUGAUACGGGGGCUGGAACAAAACUUUCCGAGAAACACCAAGAACGCCUGGAACCUUUUGAAAGUACACCUUCCAACUCACCUUCCCGACGCGAUUCGGAGGGCCGGGCUCCCUGGACAGUUUUCUGCUGCAGUCUAUGAGAAUGCACAUGUCAGGACAUGCAAGCAACCCUAUCGAGCCUCAAACAGACGCGAGAUCGACAGUGCGAUUACACAACACAAUGAGAACCAGGCGAUGCUGUCCGCGUUGCCCCCCGACGUGGAUGCAACCCGUCACUACGACACGGCGCUCUUGCGGGCCGUAGAAAAGGAAACCCCACAACUAACUAAGUCUCGGCGUCGCAUGAUCGCUGGGCCUGUCCGCUCUUCUACUGGCCCUGACAUUUUCGCGUCUUACAACAGUGCUACAGAAGGCGGCUUAGCGUCAUACGCACCAAUCAUGCGCCGCCAUGGGUUCAGUCCUUUCCCAGUGUGGGUACAUACCGCCCUUGCGCUGCCUGCCACCACCAGCAAUGGUGCACGCCUGCAGCCCCACUACGCCCGUGCCGUCCCAUCAUAUCAUUCCAACCCAGCGUUCUCUUGGGUGCAAUAUCGCGGUACCAACAGACAGACCCGCACAGGCCAGCUACUCUUGCUGCUUUCUGGCCUCACAAGAUUGGAUGGGGCUCGCCAGCCUGUUGACACAGGCGUCGCUUUCCUGAGGUGCACACGGAGCGGCGGGACGCAUGAGGAGUCUGGCUGCGAACGGCUUGAGAUGGAAAGCGGCCGCGCCCAAUUCGAUGUGGUGCCAAUUGCUGCCAUCCAAUGGACCGUUCAUGUGGUCCAAUCCUUCAAGGAGCCACGCUGGUGGUUCCUAAACAGAUGGGCAGAUCGAUGCCGUAUGGACCACUCCGUGAUUGGACCGUGA